CAGUGUCAUGAAGCUGUGGGCCGUGUACAGCAAGAAAUAGAAGUGGUAGUGUAAGGGAAUAGACAGCCUUUGGGAACAAUACACAGAGAAAAGCAAGCGAGCCAAGAGAAGAGUGUGAGAGAGAGAGAAAGGGUGGGGACAAAGCUGUCUCCAAGGGAAGGAAGGAGCCCUAAACCCAACGUCCCACAAAACACGCACCCUCAGCCCAAAGGUUCAUCAUGACGGAAGCGUGGCAACAUGCGGUCUUUGCUGCCCGGCGAAAAUAUGAUGAUGAUGACACAACACAAGGCUCUGUCUUCGUCUAUACCAACAGUAACAAUACAAGAGGUCCCUUUGAAGGGCCCAACUACCACAUCGCUCCUCGAUGGGUUUACAAUUUGGCUUCGCUUUGGAUGAUCUUCGUCGUCUUUGCUUCCACGUUCACCAACGGCUUGGUUCUUGUCGCCACUUGGAAGUUCAAGAAAUUGCGUCACCCGCUCAACUGGAUAUUAGUGAAUCUGGCAAUUGCCGAUUUGGGAGAGACUCUCUUAGCCAGUACUAUCAGCGUAUGCAACCAGAUUUUCGGUUACUUUAUCUUAGGGCAUCCCAUGUGCAUCUUCGAGGGCUACGUUGUGUCAGUUUGCGGUAUUACGGGUCUCUGGUCUUUGGCUGUGAUCUCCUGGGAAAGAUGGGUAGUGGUCUGCAAGCCUUUCGGAAACGUCAAAUUUGAUGCAAAAUGGGCCACAGCUGGUAUCGUCUUCUCCUGGGUGUGGUCUGCUAGCUGGUGCGCCCCACCCAUUUUCGGAUGGAGCAGAUACUGGCCUCAUGGGCUGAAGACAUCCUGUGGGCCUGAUGUGUUCAGUGGAAAUGAGGAUCCAGGAGCGAUAUCCUUCAUGGUUACACUGAUGAUUACCUGCUGUAUUAUUCCCUUGACGGUUAUCAUUCUCUGCUAUAUUGCAGUAUGGAUGGCAAUCCGAUCAGUUGCCCAGCAGCAAAAGGAAUCAGAGUCCACCCAGAAGGCUGAGAGGGAAGUGUCAAGGAUGGUAGUUGUCAUGAUCCUUGCAUACAUCUUCUGCUGGGGUCCUUACACAUUCUUUGUCUGUUUUGGCACUGCAAACCCAGGGUAUGCCUUCCACCCACUGGCUGCAGCCCUGCCUGCUUACUUUGCAAAGAGUGCUACCAUCUACAACCCCAUCAUCUAUGUGUUCAUGAACAGACAGUUUCGCAACUGCAUAUGGCAGCUCUUUGGGAAGAAGGUGGAUGAUGGCUCUGAAGUGUCUUCAUCAUCUAAAACUGAAGUCUCCUCAGUUUCAAAUUCAUCUGUAUCCCCUGCAUAAAAUGACAACAGAAAAACAGGCACGUGCCAGACUCAGAUCAUACCUGCUUUUUCUUCUGGUUUCUUAAUUUUUGUCCUUACAUGAGGUGAUCUACCUGGGGGAAACAAAAAAGAAGCAACUAAAGAAAACCAUAAAAUAGGUGCAAAUCUAUACCCUCACCUAGUUUAAGGAAAUGUAAUUCCAAAUGGGAGAAAGAUGCUGUUAGCAAGUGUACAAAAAUUGAAAAAGUACUUAUUUUCCAGUCUUGUGUCUCGUUUUGAAAUACACUGUCUGAUUGUAAUACUAGUUAAUAUCCCAUUACUCACAUUUUUAUGAAUUCUUACACCUUUUGAUGAUGAUUUCUGUAGGUUAGUACAACUGAGCACUGACAAAGAUAUUGCUGCUAUGCUACAUUAUCUAAAAUGAACAUGGAAAGGUGACAACUGAUAAUAAUUGAAGUACAAUUAAUCAUUUAAGUGUGUGUGAGUGCAAGCAAGUUAUACAGUUUGAUGUACUGUCUUUGAUUUUUCAAGAAUGCCUUCUGUCACUACAGCAGGGCAUUUUAUUAAGGAUACUGUGAUGUUAUUGGUCAACGAACAAAUUAAUGACAUGCCUUUAUUUUUACCUCAGCUCAGAUAAAUUACUUUGAGUACUUUUGGUAGAUUGUUAAGUUGAACAGCAUAAGAUUCUUUAGGUUUCUCACUCUUGAGCAAGUAAUGGCUCAAGGACAGGCUCAGACUGGAGAAUGAGAUUUCAAAUUCUGUAUGUACAUUCAAAGACCAAAAAGUAAGGAAUUUCUUUUAGAAUAUAUUCUUCCCAUUUUUUUCCAUUACCAUUUUUCUCUGAUGUCCUUUUAGCUGAUCGCCUGUCAGAGCAGGCCAAAAAUUAUACCCAGAAAGAAAUUUAAAGUCUAUAGUCAUUGUGUUACUGCAUUGGGACCAUGUAGAACAAAGCAGAAGCAAUGCAGCUUUAUGCAAAACCUUUGAUACUAAAAUUAUAAACUCUAUUAAAAUAUUGAAAACCUUUGUAUUUAUCUGACCAAGCACAUAACAGACAUUCAAUGUGCAGUUUCCUUAUUCAGAGCGUGUUAUCAUGAGUAUCGUCAUUGAAUGUUCAUUGUGCCUAGGUGUGCGUGUCACACUAUCCACCUGUUGCUAGCCAAUGCACAGUGAUCCUGACCAGGAGGAAGCAGUUUCAGAAAAUGGACAUAGGGAUGAAAAAUGUCACCCAUGAAAUUGUUUAAACAAGCUUUAUAUCAGGCAGGCAGUUGUAACAAAAAUUUUGACUGUUUCAUUUACUUUUUUUUUUUUUAGAAGAAAGCAGAUGCAGAUGGAGGGCAUCCUCAGAUAAUAGGGCUAUUGUAACACAAACGUGAAAAGUGAAUAACAUAAGGAACUAAAUAUGCUACAUACAGUAUGUACUGUAUGCAUACAUACAUAUAUUUAAAUAUAUUUUAUAUGGCAAAAUGGUUGGGAGGCAGUAUUGUUUGAAAUGUUGAUAUCUCUCAUGUACAAAGUGUUGAUAAGUUUAUGUCUAAUGUUAUUACAAGCCUUCUGUACUAGAUAGUUCUGCAGAACAAAAAAGGAAAAAAAAUUAUAAUAGAAUAAUUUAUAUAUAUAUAUA